CUGCAUUGGGGACCCGAGCAUGACAGCCCAGGACAGGGCCAGGGUGGUGGAGCUCUGGAUCCAGGUGGCCAAGGAAUGCCACGGCCUGAGGAACCUUUCCUCUCUCCAUGCGAUCUUCUGGGCUCUGGAGGGCCCCUCCAUUCAACGUUUAAAAGAGACGUGGAGACAGGUGUCCAGGAAGAACUGUCAAAUAGUUAAAAAGAUCUUCCAAACAUGCCACCGGGAGAGCAGGAAGCUUCUCAAGGAGGAGGUGAUAUCUGUGAGGGCCACCCUGCAGAUGGACCCCCAGGGAGCCCAGGAGAGACAGCAGCAGCAGGUGAGGUGGCCUGAGGGGGAGGGUCUUAGACGCUCCGCAUAA